GUGGCGUCACAUCACAAACCUCAGGUCUCGUGGCUUGUGCCUUGUGCUGGACACCACCGCCCGGCGCAGCUCCCGAGAAAGCGACCGCCUUUCUCGUGUCCUCUCGCUCUCCGUCCAAGCACACUAGUCAGAGCGAACACGUCACACGGCCCACUCAAGCCGUCACAUUCGACCAUGGACAUGCCCACGGCGGCGUGCUCGCCGUCCUCGUCGGCGCAGCCUCCGCCGUCGUCGUCAGGCGUCGAUGUGGUCGUUGACGCGGGGAACGACGAGGAACGGCGGCGCCUGCUCCUCGAUGCCGCCAUCGACGGCAACCUCGACCUCCUCGCCAGGAUGGCGCUGGAGUUGCUGCCGCCGGCGCCUAGCGCCACGGGCGCGGACGUCACCGGCGUCUGGUCGACGUGCGGCAGGGCGCUCCACCUGGCCGCGACCAACGGCAGGACGGACGUCUGCCGCUACCUGGUCCAGGACCUCGCCAUCCCCGUCGACGUCCUCUCCGACGAGCGCGAGACGCCGCUGCUCCUGGCGGCCACCUUCGGCCACACCGCAACGGCGGCCUGGCUCCUGGAGCGCGGCGCCAGCCCGCGCGCCCCGGACGUCGACGGCGAGACCCCGCUCCACUGGGCCGCUUACAACGGGGAUCGCGACCUGGCGAUGCUGCUCCUGUGCAAGGGCGCCGACGUGGGCGCGACGAACCCCCGGGGCACGGCGCUCCACGUCGCCGCCAUGCGCGGGUUCCCGGAAGUCAUCCGCGUCCUGCUGCGCCACGGCGCCGAUCCCAACAAGUUCGCCAGCCGUGUCUUCACGCCCUUGGUCUCGUCGCUUCUUGGUGGCUCCGUGGAAUGCAUGAAGCUGCUCAUUGAGGCUGGGGCUAAUGUUCAUGCCGGUGGAUUCAGUGGAGCGACCCCUCUGUUGUUAGCGUGCAGCCGCCGUGGCAACAUCGGAUUCGUCAAGUGCUUGUUGAAGGCUGGAGCAGAUCCGAACGUUCCUGACGAACUUGGUAGGUUGCCGAUAGAAAUUGCCGCGGUCCAAGGUGGAAAAAAACUUGUUCAACUUCUGUUUCCUGUGACUCGAUGCCCUCCAAACAUGGUUGCCUGGAGUGUUGCUGGCAUCAUGAGUCAUGUGAAUUCUGCUGCUUACAAGGAGCGGGUGAGAAAGGGCUCCUGUAAGAGGAAAGCUGAACUAAAACUAGAAGGGAACAAGGCCUACGAAAUCAAGGACUACGACACGGCUAUACUUAUGUACAACAUGGCACUGAAGUUCGAUGACCCAAACGACAUAGAUGCAUCCAUAUAUGCAAACAAGAGCCUCUGUUGGCUGCGCCUUGGUGUUGGCGACGAGGCGCUUUCGGACGCCCAGGCCUGCAUCAGGUUAUGGCCUGACUGGGGGAAAGGCUACUACCGCCAAGGAGAGGCCUUCCGCUUCCUGCAGGUGAUCAUCGCACUGCUGUUUGCGCUUCCCUUCUGUGCUUCAGAAGUUCAGAUUCAGCUAUCCAAUACCCACCCAUCGGAUUACGCCAGCGCUUACGCCGCGUUUGUCAAGGCAUCGGAGCUUGAUCCGCAGAACCCUAAGAUCGCCAACGCCCUCAGGGAUCUCUUGGAGCGCACGAAGGGCGCAUCGGUUUCACGGUGCUUGGAGGAAGGGGUGCAAGUGCAAGGAAGAAGCCAGGUUCUGUCUGGGCCGUGUGAUCAAACAGUCCAAGGGCGGGGCUCUUUUGUGCAGGCAGUAGGUAGAGGUCAGCCACUAUCCAGUGGCCAGUAGGAAAAUGGUGGAGCGGUGUGAAAACAAACUGUGGCGGGAGUCGGAGGCUGUAUAGUUGUGUUUCUGGUGGGCUUUGUGGUUUGGUUUUGCGCACUCUGUUUCCUGGGCCGGAUAGCAUUCGAGGCCCGUCGUGAUGGCUAACUGAAAAUGUGUGCAGCCAGGGUCAUUGUAAAAAACAAAGGACGUUUGAUACGAGCACUUCCCAGAUCGAA